CCCCGCAAACGGUUGGCGGUGAUUGAAAGCCGCGAAGGAGUCUGAGGUAAAUUAUGAACUUAGUUUUAAAAUAUUAAUAUAUUUUAACAAAAAACUUUAACUCAAAGCGUAAAGGCGGCACUCGAGAUCGAGCGAACGCCUGAAAGAAGAAGAAUAAGAGAAAAAAACGCGAGACUCAGCUACCCACCACCGUCGCCACGGCAACCUCUCUCCCAAGCCAGCCUUUCCAUUGGCUGACGGGGUUUCUCAAGGCAGCUCCUGAUUGGUCAGUCGAGCCAGGAUGGCGGUGACUUCCGUGGGGGGGCAGCCACCCCCGCUGGACUCCCACAAUUCCCCGGAGCAAGUGGCAGCAAUGGUGCAUUGUGGGGGUCGGGUGAUGGAGUCACGUGGAGAGGAGUCCAUGGGACUGGAUCGACGUGCAUCGAUGGACACGCCUAUUCGCUCGCCUACAUUCUCACCUGAAGACUCGCCCACACGUGCAGCUCACGAUGAAGCUGAAGGAUUGAAUCAUCACUCAUCUACACGUUCACCUCUCCACUCACUUCGCGAUGAACACGAACAAUUGAAUGAACGCUCACCCACCUACUCGCCUGAAUACUCGCCUACACACUCGCUCGACUAUUCAACUGCCCACUUACCUGAACGCUCACUUACCCACUCGCCUCGCAGUGAAGCUGAAGGUUUGAACGAGCGGACACCCGAACAUUCACAUGCUAGUUCACCUGAACCACGUAGCGAACACUCGUGUACGCACUCACCCGCGCGCUCACUUGCACCACGCUCACCCGCACACGACAGUGACCCCUCACCGGAGCGUCUGCGCGCUCACUCGCACACAGAGGACUCCCACUCCCCGGGCCUCUCUCCCCAGAGACUCUUCGCUCUCCGGCACUCCCCCUCUUCUCCCCUCUGCUUUCCAUCUCUCUCCGUCUCCAGUCUCUUUUGCGGUCCCCGUGUCUCCUCUGGGCUUCCUGUGUCUCCCUGUCUCUCUCCAACCUCCCGUGUUCCCCCUGACCUCUCUAUGUCUCGCUGCGUCUCUCCAGCCUCCCAAAGCUCCCCUAAUCUCGCUGCGUGUCGCAGUCUCUCCCCCGGUGUCCCCGCGUCUCCCUCGGUCUCCCCACGCGUCCCCGCAUCUCCCCACGUCACCCGCGUCUCGAGUCUCCGCCAGCAGCAGCAGCAGCCGUCCCCUGCCUCUGCGGCGGCCAUGCUGAGCGGCGGACUGCAUCGCAUGCCGGCCAUCGUGAACCUCCUGCUCGUCCUCCUGAAGCGGCGCGGGGAGGAGAUGGGGCCUUGGGCAGCUGCCCUGAGGGAGAGGAAACGUCACCGAGUCACCCAGCGCCGCCUCGCCUGGGCCCUCAGCAGGCUGCGCGAGACUCGCCAGGCCCUGGACGUCGCCGUGGAGAUGGAGCGGCGCAGGGAGGCGGUGGUGAGGCAGCUGGAUGAGACCCUGGCGCAAGUGGUGCGGUGCUGCAAGAGGAGAGACGCUCAUCUCACAGAGCAGAGUCCCACGGUGCAAGCAGAGAAGCAGGCAGCGGAGCCGAGCCACGGCACGGGGACCCAGAGUGACUCGGAGGUGGUGGAGCGUGGGGACGACACGGAGACGGAGAGAGACUCGGACGUGGCGGUGGUGGUGGUGGUGGAGGAGGAGGAGGAGAGAGACUCUGUAGUGAAGGAGAGAGACUCUGUAGUGAAGGAGAGAGUCUCUGUAGUGAAGGAGAGAGACCAGUUGAAGGAGGAGAGAGACCGGGUGGUGGAGGAGAGAGACCAGUUCAAGGAGGAGAGAGACUCUGUAGUGAAGGAGAGAGACCAGUUGAAGGAGGAGAGAGACCAGAUGAAGGAGGAGAGAGACUCUGUAGUGAAGGAGAGAGACCAGUUGAAGGAGGAGAGAGACCGGAUCAAGGAGGAGAGAGACUCUGUAGUGAAGGAGAGAGACCAGUUGAAGGAGGAGAGAGACCAGAUGAAGGAGGAGAGAGACUCUGUAGUGAAGGAGAGAGACCAGUUGAAGGAGGAGAGAGACCGGAUCAAGGAGGAGAGAGACUCUGUAGUGAAGGAGAGAGACCAGUUGAAGGAGGAGAGAGACCAGAUCAAGGAGGAGAGAGACCGGAUCAAGGAGGAGAGAGACUCUGUAGUGAAGGAGAGAGACCAGUUGGUGGAGGAGAGAGACUCUGUAGUGAAGGAGAGAGACUCUGUAAUGAAGGAGAGAAACCUGGUGGUGGAGGAGAGAGAUGGGUUGAAGGAGGAGCGAGACCAGUUGAAGGAGGAGAGAGACCUGGUGGUGGAGGAGAGAGACCGGUUGAAGGAGGAGAGAGAUGGGUUGAAGGAGGAGAGAGAGCAGUUGAAGGAGGAGAGAGGACUCUGUAGUGAAGGAGAGAGACCAGUUGGUGGAGGAGAGAGACUCUGUAGUGAAGGAGAGAGACUCUGUAAUGAAGGAGAGAAACCUGGUGGUGGAGGAGAGAGAUGGGUUGAAGGAGGAGCGAGACCAGUUGAAGGAGGAGAGAGACCUGGUGGUGGAGGAGAGAGACCAGUUGAAGGAGGAGAGAGACCGGUUGAAGGAGGAGAGAGACCAGAUGAAGAGGAGAGAGACCGGGUGGUGGAGGAUAGAGUGCAGUUGAAGGAGGAGAGAGACGCUGUAGUGAAGGAGAGAGAUGAGUUGAAGGAGGAGAGAGACGGGUUGGUGGAGGAGAGAGACAGUGAGGUGAAGGAGAGGGAGGCGGUGGAGAGGGGUGGACGCGCUCGGGUCGAGGAGCUGAAGAGGCUGCUGCACACGGAGGAGGCCGCCCGGGACCAGGCCGUGCAGAUGGAGGCCUCGAUGCGGGAGACACUUCGCCUCCGAGAGGAGGAGAUGAGAUCGCUGCGACAGGAGCACGAGCAACGCCUCCGCGUCGUCCGCGCGGAGACGGAGCGCCUGUCCUGGGAGAAGCGAGCCCUCGAGGCGUGGAGACACGAGACGACGCUGGCGCUCUCUCGCCUCGUCCGCCACGAGGCGGCGGACGCGGGGACCGCCGGCCACGGCACGCGCAGCGCCGGCGGCCCCCGCCGCUCACAUCACGAGCCCCGCUGCGCGGACGGGCACGGCAGCGUACGCGCCCAUCUCCGCCGCGUGCGCCUCAACCACACUCAGCAGCAGCAGUAG